AUGUCUCACACAAAGCCUUACAUCAGGAAGAAGGCAGUGUUAAUCAUGUAUAAAGUGUUUUUGAAAUAUCCCGAAUCCCUUCGGCCUGCAUUCCCCCGCCUUAAGGAGAAACUGGAAGACCCAGAUCCUGGUGUCCAAUCAGCUGCUGUGAAUGUUAUAUGUGAGCUAGCCAGACGCAAUCCAAAGAAUUAUCUUUCUCUUGCUCCACUCUUUUUUAAACUGAUGACGUCAUCCACCAACAACUGGGUCCUCAUUAAAAUUAUAAAAUUGUUUGGUGCUCUCACUCCUUUGGAACCCAGGCUAGGAAAGAAAUUGAUAGAACCCCUGACCAAUCUAAUACAUAGCACUUCAGCCAUGUCACUCCUCUACGAGUGUGUGAACACAGUGAUAGCAGUGUUAAUCUCUCUUUCCUCGGGAAUGCCCAACCACAGUGCAAGCAUCCAGCUCUGUGUGCAGAAGCUGAGGAUACUGAUAGAAGACUCAGACCAAAACUUGAAGUAUUUGGGAUUGCUGGCAAUGUCCAAAAUCUUGAAAACACAUCCUAAAUCGGUACAAUCUCAUAAGGAUCUCAUUCUCCAGUGCUUGGAUGAUAAGGAUGAGUCCAUCCGCCUCCGAGCCUUGGAUCUUCUGUAUGGAAUGGUGUCCAAGAAGAAUUUGAUGGAAAUUGUGAAGAAGCUGAUGAUCCAUGUGGACAAAGCUGAAGGAACAACUUACAGGGAUGAGCUGCUAACCAAAAUCAUUGAUAUAUGUAGCCAGUCCAAUUACCAGUACAUCACAAACUUUGAAUGGUACAUCAGCAUCUUAGUGGAGCUGACCCGGCUGGAAGGUACAAGGCAUGGCCAUCUCAUUGCCUCCCAGAUGUUAGACGUGGCAAUCCGAGUGAAGGCCAUCCGCAAAUUUGCUGUGUCCCAGAUGGCCAUGCUUCUGGACAAUGCUCACUUGCUGGCCAGCAACACGCAGAGGAAUGGAAUCUGUGAGGUGCUCUACGCCGCAGCUUGGAUAUGUGGAGAAUUCUCAGAACACCUUGAAGAACCCCAGCAGACCCUCGAAGCCAUGCUGCGGCCUAAAGUGACCACGCUUCCAGGCCACAUCCAGGCCGUCUAUGUCCAAAACAUGGUGAAGCUUUAUGCCUCAAUUCUGCAGCAGAAGGAACAGGCUGGUGAGAAGGAAGUGGCCCAGGAGGCAACCCAGAUGAUGAUCGACCGUCUGCCUCAGUUUGUGCAGAGCGCGGAUCUCGAAGUCCAGGAGAGAGCUUCCUGCAUUCUCCAGCUCAUGAAGUACAUCCAGAAGCUUCAGAUCAAAGAGGUCCCCGUGGCUGAAGAAGUGACUGCCUUAUUUGCUGGGGAGCUUAACCCCGUAGCACCUAAAGCUCAGAAGAAAGUUCCAGUCCCAGAAGGUUUGGAUCUCGAUGCUUGGAUCAACGAGCCACCUUCAGACAGCGAUUCUGAAGAUGAAAAACCAAGGACCAUAUUCCACGACGAAGAGCAAAGGCAUUCAAAGCAACGGCAGCCUGAAAUGGAUGAGGAGGAGCUGGCCAGGCGUCGAGAAGUUAGGAAGCAGGAGCAGGCAAACAAUCCAUUCUACAUUAAAAGUUCUCCAUCUCCACAAAAGAGGUACCAAGAUAGCCCUGGUGUUGAGCACAUACCUGUGGUUCAGAUCGAUCUCUCUGUUCCUUUAAAAGUUCCUGGCUUACCAGCAUCUGACCAAUAUGUGAAGCUGGAAGAGGAGCGCCGGCACCAGCAGAAAAUAGAGAAAGACAAGAAGAAAAAGAAGCAGAAGAAAGAAAAAUGGGGCAAGAACCGUCGCCACAAUUCCCUGCACACAGAGAGCGAUGAAGAUAUUGCACCCGCCCAGCAUGUGGAUAUUAUCACAGAGGAGAUGCCAGAAAAUGCUCUGCCCAGUGAUGAAGAUGACAAGGAUCCAAACGAUCCCUACAAGGCACUGGAUAUUGAUUUAGAUAAGCCUUUAACAGACAGUGAGGCACUUCCUGUGCAGAGGCAUCGAAAUGUCGACAAUCUUAAAUCUCCACAAGAAACGCAAGCCCCCCUGGUUGAAAAGAAAAGCAAGAAACCAAAAAAGAAGGAAAAGAAACACAAAGAGAAAGAGAGGGAGAAAGAAAAAAGAAAAGAGCGGGAAAGAAAAGCAGAUGAAGAUGACAAAAAGGCUCAAGAUGUGGACCUGUGGCUUUCUGAUACCCCGCCACCUGUCGCUGCCAUGGAGGCAAAGCAGGACCUGCCUGAAGUCAGUGUAGAUCCGACGGAACCUGAAGAACCUAAGAAAGAGGAGGAACUUCAGGAAGAAGAUGAAGGAAAGAAAUCCAAGCAUAAAAAGAAGAAGCAUAAGAAGGAGGAAAAAUCCAAAGAGAAGAAGCUUCCAAAGCAUCGUGACCGAGGGGAUGAGCCACAGACGGAAUCUGUGCACAAUGGAACCCUGGAGGAAGAGCCACUGCCGCCUAUGUCAAGCUAUAUCCUCCUUGCUGAAAAUCCCUACAUUAAAAUGACGUACGAUAUCCAGGGGAACCUCCAGAAUGAUAGCCAGGUUACCGUUUCUGUGAUCUUUGAGAAUAAGAGCAGCAGUUUCCUAAAGAGCAUGGAGCUGAACGUUUUGGACUCUCUGAAUACUAAAAUGCUGCGGCCGGAAGGAUCCUCCAUCCAUGAUGGGAUACCUGUCCCUUUUCAGCUGCCUCCUGGAGUCUCAAAUGAAACCCAGUUUGUUUUCACCCUGCAGAGUAUUGCCAUGGCACAGAAACUAAAAGGGACCUUGUCAUUUAUAGUCAAAGAUGAUGAAGGCUCAACACAUGAAAAGUUAGACUUUAAGCUGUACUUCAGUUGUGCCUCUUAUCUAAUUACGACUCCCUGUUACAGUGAUGCUUUUGCCAAGCUGUUGGAGUUGGGGGACCUGCAUGCUAGCUCAAUUAAAGUUGAUGGCAUCACCAUCCCUUUCCAUCAUCUCCUGGCAAAAAUUUGCUUCCAACAUCAUUUCUCUGGUGAGUUCCUGCUAAGAAGACUCCUUGACUCAUACAGUUUUGUGUAUAUUGGCUUACAACUCUGCUGUUGGGCAUAAACUUCCCCACUUCAGGGUCAUUCAAAGAUUGGUGAACCCUCAUUGUGCAAAGUUCUUCAGACAGUUGACAUUCAGCCAUUGUUAGUUUUUAGCCCUGGUUUCUUAACACUGAGCAGGAGGUAACCUACUAAUCUUCCCAGCCUGGCAGCUCACCAUUUGUUGAGACUCUUGACUCCAGAGUUUCCGAGUUCUAAGCUCUGGGCGUUGCUUCCCAGUAUAUUUAGGGAAUAUUAAGUUGUGAAAGACUGGAUUUUUUUUUUUUUUGGCAGAAUCCAUUCCAACUA